AAAUGCGGGGUCCACACUAAGAUUGUUGCUGAAGAAUGUAAUUUCGAAAGAAAGACUCAUAGAACUUUGGAUCGGGGAGGGGUUUCUUGACAAAUUUGCUGAUAUAUACGAAGCACACAACCAAGGAGAUGAGAUUAUUAGAUGCUUAAAACUUGUAUGUCUCUUGGAAGGCGAUGUAUUAGAAAACACUUGUAGCAUGCAUGAUGUGAUCCGUGAUAUGGCUCUAUGGUUAUCAUGUGAAUGUGGGGAAGAAAAGCACAAAAGUUUUGUACUAGAACAUGUUGAGUUGAUUGAAGCAUGUGAAAUUGUUAAAUGGAAAGAAGCUCAACAGAUUUCACUAUGGCAUUCUAAUAUCAAUAAAGGACUCUCUCUAUCACCCUGUUUCCUCAGUCUCCAAACUUUGAUUUUGAGAAAUUGUAACAUGAAGUCACUUCCAAUUGGAUUCUUCCAAUUCAUGUCUGUCAUAAGAGUUUUGGAUUUGUCAGAUAAUAAGAAAUUAGUGGAGUUACCUUUGGAGAUUUGUAGAUUAGAGAGUUUGGAAUAUUUGAAUCUAUCAUUGACGAGUAUAAAAAGGAUGCCUAUAGAACUGAAGAAUUUGACAAAAUUGAGGUGUUUGAUAUUAGACUAUGUAGAUGGGCUUGAAGUAAUUCCAUCAAAUGUGAUAUCUUGCCAUCCAAAUUUGCAGAUGCUUAGUAUGAUAUUAUCACAUAUUGAAGAGGAUAUUAAAGAAUAUGAGGAAGUUGGAGUGUUACAGGAGUUAGAGUGCUUGCAAUACCUAAGUUGGAUACGUAUCACCUUACUUACAGUCCCAGCUGUUCAAAAAUAUCUCACCUCCUUGAUGCUGCAGAAGUGCAUACGACGUCUAGAGAUGAGGAUGUGCCUAGGUUUGCAGGUGGUGGAGCUGCCACUUUCGGCUUUGCAAAGACUCAUUGUACUUGAAUUUGAUCAUUGUAAUGAUUUGGAACGUGUUAAAAUAAAUAUGGGACUGUCUCGAGGUCAUAUCACAAACUCAAAUUUCCACAACCUUGUUUAUGUGUUUAUUGCAGGGUGUCGAUUCUUGGACUUAACAUGGCUUAUUUAUGCUCCAAGCCUUGAGAGUCUAUGUGUUCUACAGAGUCUUGAAACGGAAGAAAUUAUAGGGGGUGAUGAGUAUGGAGACUCAGAAAUUGAAGAACAAAAUCUCAGCAUAUUCUCAAGACUUGUGAAGCUGAAGUUGUUUGAUCUCCCAAAUCUAAAGAGUAUCUACAGGCGGGCCUUGCCAUUUCCUUCUCUCAAAGAGAUCAAAGUGUCUUUUUGUCCAAAGCUAAGGAAAUUGCCAUUGAAUUCCAAUAGUGCCAACAACACUCUAAAAAUAAUUUAGGGGCAUCCGAGCUGGUGGGAGGAGUUGGAGUGGGAGGAUGACAACCUCAAGCGCACUUUCACUCCGUAUUUCAUAUCUACGAGCACCUAAUUUGAAUCUGAAACUCAAUCAGAUGUGAGCAAAUAAUGGUGAUUGAAAGAAGGAGAUGAUUGUAAAGUUACACGUUAUGGAGGUUUGCAGGAAUUGUCGGGUUUCCUUAAUUUCCUUUCCUUCAUGUUUUCUGACAAACCCAUUGGUCUUCCUCUCCUAGGACAAGUUUUUGAAGAAGGUUUGGUGGGGAAAACUUCGUACAACUGUUGAGUGAUUGGAUGUUGGGGAUGCAUAGCAAGAAUAGCAUAAUAAUAAUUGAAAAAAAAAAAA